ACUGGAUUGAAAAGCCUGUCAUUCAGUAUCGUCUAAAAAGUGAAACUUAUCCAAGAUGUUCAAGAAAUUAUUCUUAGCUUUUCUCGUUGUUUUGAUGUUUGGUUCUAGCCUGCAGCAAAGGGGUCAAGGGGGUCUUGGCGGAUAUGGGGCAGGAGCUGGCAUGGACUUUGGUUUCGGUGGCAAUGCCGGGGCUGGGGGCGGUGCUGACGGUGGAGCCGGUAGUGGCGGGCAAGGCGGAGCUGGUGCCGGAGCUAAUGGUGGUUUCGGGUUUGGCAUGAACGGAGGCGCAGGGGCGGGAGGAAAUGGCGGCGGCGGCUGGGGCAAGAAGUAAUAAAGCCUCAAAUAGUGUAAUAUUUGUUUGGAAUGUGUAAUAAAAAUUACAAAAUUAUAAAAUGGAUUACAAAA